AUGGAUCAGGAAGUAAGAAUAGAACCUCACCACAUGUUCGGUUUGCGCCGGGAAGCAAGAAACAACUUGCAUUUCAUGGACGAGCAAACCAUUGUUUUCCCGAGUGGAAACAACUGUGUGCUCUAUAACGUCCAUCAGCAAUGGACCAAGUUUAUUCCAGGAGAAAUGCCUUACCAACAGGAAAAACAGGCCAUAAAGGCUCUUGCUAUUAGCCCAGACCGGUUCUUCCUGGCUGUGUCAGUGUGUGGAGUACAGAGCACUGUAUCUGUCUAUGACAUACAAAGUGAUCAGUGCACCAAGAUGCAGGUACUGACAGGUGGUGACAUCGAAGUCAAGGAGUUUGUCUGUAUGGCUUUUUCUGCCGACUCCAAGUACCUACUGUGCCAGGCUGGAGGACCCGGAUGGAACCUGUUCUACUGGGACUGGGAGAACGACAAUGUCAUUGCCAUCGUGCAGACCACAAAGCUUGGCUUUGUCAGUCAGGUCAGCUUUAAUCCAGUGGACAACACACAGAUUUGUGUGAGCGGAAAUUACGUGUUCAGUAUUUUCAAACUAGAGAACGACUUCCUGAAGAUCAGUGCGUUUACGAUGGACUGUGAAUGCAUCAAGUCCCAUGCGUGGCUGUCUGAGGAUAGCAUUGUCUUAGGGACAAAAACGGGAAACCUCCUGCUGUUGGAGGGUGGAGUGUUGCUCAGUCUGACGAAUCCUUCUGAGAGGUGUAUCACUGUCAUCACGGCAUACUCUAAAGGCUUUGCCUGUGCAGGCAGCCUGGGGGAAGUUUGCCUUUAUGAGAAAACUGGGGAGUUUGACUAUAAAAAAGCUGUGGAAAUAAGAAUUCCUCAGGACCCGUGCAGCAGUGAGCCGAGUGUGUCGGCACAGCAGGAGGUCAAAUCAAUGUGUCUGAGCCCCUCAGAGGAGACGCUGGCCAUAAGCACACGGCAAGGCCAGAUCUACCACUUCAACCUCGCCUCUGUUGAGAAUAGACAGAGUAAGCAGGCCAACUUUGAGUACCUGUUCCACUCACUUCACACGGGGAGCAUCACAGAUCUGUCCGUCUGCUCCUCCAAACCACUCUUAGCCACCUGUUCAAAGGAUAACUCCGUGCACAUCUGGAACUACAAGACCAAUUUUCUGGAGCUGCAUCAGGAGUUUCCCAAAGAGCCAAACUGUAUCUCACUGCACCCGAAUGGCCUCUCCGUUCUGGUGGGCUUCUCUGAUAAAGUCCACCUAAUGGACCUGUUGGUUGACCAAUUCUGCCCUGUUCAGGAGUUCGACAUACACGACUGCAGUGAGUGUGCGUUCAACCAUGACGGCAGCAUGUUCGCUGCCGUCAGCGACGACCUGAUAAGCAUCGUCAACAUCAGAACAGGAGACAAAGUGGACCUGAAUGGCCACCUUGACAUGGUGGAGUUGGUGAUGUGGAGUAAAGAUGACCGUCAUCUGGUGUUGCUUGGGACGGACGGUGCUGUCCGUGAGUGGAACGUUCUCACCGGCGAGUGUACACUAAACGAGUCUCGAGAAGGAGAGAUACUAAGAGAAAUGGCCUCAAAGGACAUGUCCUACACAGCCAUCUCCGUGACUCAGUCGGCACUAAGAGAAAUGGCCUCAAAUGAAAUGUCCUACACAGCCAUCUCCAUGACUCAGUCCGGUCAGGCAGUCUUUGUUGGAACUGCUACUGGUACUGUCAGAGUAAUGCAGUACCCGAUAGAAGAGGUGAUGUCCUGGACAGAGCAUCGGGGGCAUUGUGGUCCCAUCACCAAAAUGCUUGUGACGCCUGGUGAUCAGUAUCUGGUGACUGCCUCAGAGGAUGGCUCUCUCCUUAUCUGGACAAUCACAGACCAGGUUGGAGAUCAGUUGAGUAUGGUGAAAGAAGCAUGCUGUACUGAGGAGGUCCCCUGCUCCAGUGCUUUUCUGGAGAUAAAGCACAAGAGUUUACUUGAGGUUCAAAGCCUGAUAAAGUCACUGAAUGAGGAACUAGAGUGCACUCUUAAUCUGACUAAUAUGGACUUCAAGAAGAAGCUUGAAGAAGUCAAGGAGAAUUUCCUCAAUAUUACAGAGAAACUGAAUACUGAGAAGGAGGAACAGAAGAUUUCUCAGGACAAGGCCCUUAGAGAGAUGAGGGAGAAACAUGUUAAAGAGUUAAAGAUUAUGGAAAAUAAACAUGCAGAGGAGAUAUUUCAAGCCUUCGCAGUCCAAGAAUCUUUGGAACAGAAAAUACAAAAGCUGCACUUGGAUUACAAGGAGAAAUUACGCAAGGAAGAAGAAAAGCAUUUGAGUAGCAUUGAGAUGAAACAGGCCUAUGAUGAGAGGCUUCUGGAGCAACAGAACAGUCUGCAACAGUUUCAGGAGAUGGUACAGGAACUGCUGGAAAAAACUGACACUGAGAUUAUAGAUACGCUGCUCCAACAGGAGCUCCAGGAGGAGGAGGAGGAGAACAACAUAAAGCUAGAAGAUGAAAUGGAGCUGACAGAGAACAAGUUGGGGCAUUUCUGGAAGAUAGAAGGAGAGAUACAGUGUGAGAGCAUAGAGCCCAGUCAGCUUGAGCGAGAGAUAAACAGCAAGAACAAGAUCAUUCAAAACCUUCAGCAGAAGCUGCAUACACAAAAAGAAGAGCUGUGCAAAGAGAGGAGCAAGGUCAGAAGCUUGAAAACUGUUCUGCAGAAGAUAAAGGCUGACAUCCAGGAAUGUUCGUCCUUCAUCCGUCAGCCAACGCUGCUGAGAAACAACUUCAAAAAACUCCAGAAGUGCUACAUCCACGAAGCUGAUGUGAAACACGGAAGGAAGGCUGGGCUUGUCAUAGACCACACCAAGGAGAAGGAGCAGUCAGAGAUGCCAGAGCCCAAACCUCCAUUAGCGACUACAACCAAAAUCCAGAAGACCAAAGCAGUGCAGGAGGUGGUGAAGGACGGUGAGACUAAACUCAAAAUGGAGCUUAAGGCAGAGAAGGAGAUCUGCAGCAACCUUAAAAAUAAAACAAAGCUCAUGGAGAAGCAGUUCAGGAAAAUUACAGAAGAAAUUCAGGUCCAGAACCUUGAGGUCAGCAUGUUAAAGGAGGAAGUGCAAAAUCUGCAUGACCUCCAUAAGGACAGGAAGAAACUCAAGAGUCUGAGGAAGGAGAAGGAGCAAAAUAAAACUGUCCAGGAGCAGAAAAUCCACCUCCGAGACAUAGUUGAGAUGCACAAGCAGACAAUGAUACAAAAUGAGGUGGCCCUGAUCAGCAUGAAUAACCAGCUGGACGAGCUGAUCGAAGACCGCAAUAGGCCGAUGGAGCAAAUGGAUGAAACCAAACUUGAGCGAGUAAAAAAAAGGAUUAAAGCGAAAAAACUGUUUUUCAGAAAGCUUGAGGCCGAGGUGAAGGAGGAUAACUGCAGGAACCAGGAGGUCAUUAACGAACUGAAGGACAAGCUGAAAGUGAAGGAAAAUGAACUGUGUACAGAGAGGCAGAGGGUCAGAAACGUCCAUAUUCUGGUGAACAGGAUGAAAGCCGACAUCCAAACCUGCUCGGAAUUCAUCCAGCAGCCGAAGACGCUAAAGGAGAACUUCAUUAAACUCUACAUACGCUACAUCAAGGGAGCAGAUGUGAGCGUCGUAGAGAAGACAGCCACGCAAAAGCAGGGCAUCAGACAGAGGGAGCAGGUGAAACAGACGAAAAGAAUGGCUUUUGUGCCCAGACCUCCACAAACACGCCCCAAAAUCCAGAAGACGAGUGCCGUGCCAAGAGAAGACUUCAACCAGGAGACGGACAAGAACCACCGAGACAGGACACAGGGCAGCCGGACCAUGAGGAAUAAUUCAUGUGUCAAAAUAUCAAAGGACACACAGAAGAUAUAUGGAGUCCCUAUGAUCCUGACGCACAUGCUGUCAUCAAGAAGAAAGAGGCUAAAGUCGAGUUCCACAGGAUAUGGGAAACUUCCACCCAUAAACAUGACCAGAGGAUCGCAGAGGUGGCAUUAA